AUGAAACAACUUAAAAUACAAUUUCCAAUUAUUUCCGUAUUUUUCGCACUAGCUGUCAUUUUAUCACCAAAUGAAGUCGAUUCCGCUGUCAUUAAAAAAAGAGCAUUAGCUCCAUUAAACAAGAAUCCGGGUUCUUUCAAGGUAGUUGGAGAUUCAGGAAUAGCGGCCAUGCACAUUGUCUUAACUGCGCCAACCAAAAUCCUAAUUAUCGACAAAGUUGAAAAUAAUCCGAUCAAACAAAAGGAUGGUCGUGUGGCCGUUUCUGUUGAAUAUGAUAUCCCGACAAAUAAGAUACGUGUGCUCAAUCUCAACACAAAUACUUUCUGUUCUGCCGGAUCUUUCCUUGGUAACGGUACCUUAGUUCAUACUGGUGGCGCGGAAACCAAGGUCAAAGAAAAGUUCCUAGAAGGUUUUGAAAGUAUCCGUUUGUUUGAUCCAUGUGACAACGGCAAAUGUGAUUGGUUCGAAAAUAAGACGGGUUUAACUUCAAAAAGAUGGUACCCAUCCAUGGUCACUCUUUCUGAUGGAAGAGUAUUCAUCCUCGGUGGUUCAUUAAAACCUCUUUCUGUUAACAGCGCUGCAAAUAACAACCCCACUUUUGAAUUCUUUCCAAAAGAAAGUUCCAAACCCGAAAAGUUUCCAUUCCUCGUAGAAACUUUGCCAUUCAAUUUAUAUCCCGCAGUUCAUGUCUUGCCAGGUCCAGCAAAUCAAAAACGACUUUUUGUUUUCUCAAAUACCGAUAGUAUCGUUUGGGAUUGGGGAACAAAAUCAAUUGUAAAGCGUCUUGAUAGACUUCCAGGUCCUCCAAGAUCAUACCCACUUACUGGUACUUCGGUCAUGCUACCUUUACGUCCAGAAGAAAAUUAUGCACCACAAAUACUUGUUUGCGGUGGUGUCGCAAAAAAUGACGUAAAACAACCUGCUGAUAAUAGUUGUGGUAGAAUCAAUCUUUCUAAUAUCAAUAAUGCUAAAUGGGAAAGAGAGGAAUUUGGAGGUAUUGGAAGAAAUAUGCCAGAUGUUGUUAUUCUGGCAGACGGAAAGACUUUAUUCUUGAACGGUGCUGGAAUAGGUGUUGCUGGUUACAAUAAUAAUGAAAAACAAAAGGCUGAUAACCCAACUCUUACCCCGGUUCUUUAUGAUCAUCGUGCUCCCAUUGGAAAGAGAUUUACCAGGCUUACAUCCUCUAAAAUUCCCAGAUUAUAUCAUUCAGUUGCUACUUUGGUACCUGAUGGUAGAGUUUUUGUUACCGGUAGCAAUCCAAAUGCAGUUGUCCGAACCAAAGAUACCAAAUACAUUACCGACUUCCGCGUUGAAAUGUUCACGCCACCAUAUUUCCAAAAGAAUAUCAAACGUGCCACUAUCACAUCAGUAGCCGGUAAAACUUUAUUAAACAAGGGGGCAAUUCGAGUUAAAUACAAUAAGGUAGUUCCGGUAACCGUGACGAUUGACGAUCCAAAUGCGGUGUUUUCAGCAGCUCUCGUUCAUUAUGGAUUCGUCACUCAUUCAGUUCACAUGUCACAAAGAUAUGUUGUUUGCACCGUUAAAAAUGUUGUUAAAAAAUCCAAUGGGGUUGUCACUAUGGACGUUAUAAUGCCACCAAAUGGUAAUAUGAUUGCUCCCGGUCGUAAUUAUCUUUAUAUUAACAAUAAAGGUGUACCCGGAAUAACUGCUAUUGAAGUUAUGAUUUCUAAUUAG